AUGCAACUUAAUCUUGAAUGUUUAUAUGAAGAAUUUGAUUCAAUUUAUCCCAUUUGGAAAUUUCAUUUAAAUAAAAACAGAUUAAUUAUGUCUACGACAACUGUUUGUUCUUUUUGUGAAGAACGACCUUAUGAUUUAAUAUGUACAUGUGGUGAUAAAUUUGAUUUUGAUUGUAUUCAUCAACAUAUAGAAUAUCUUGGUACUGAAAUUGACCAUAAUUCUCAAGUAACUUCUGAUAAAUUAUAUCAUCUUAACGCUUUACAAGAGAGCGCGAAUGGAAAUGAAAAUGUUAAUACUGCUCAAACAAUUAUAGAUAAUUGGAAACGUAAACGUAUGCAAGAUAUCGAUGAUAUAGCAGAAAAAGCCUUAAACGAAGUUGAACAACGAAAAAAUACUCUCAAAGAUGUUCCAUUAAUUCAAGAAAAUUUCAGUAAAAUAUGUUCUUCAUUACAUCAGCCAGCUCAUAGUAAUUUAAAUGCCCUUAUUGACCUUCAACAUCAAAUUCAACAUAUGAUUGAAAAUUAUGAAAACUUACCAACACUUAUUCAAGAUGAUACUAGUUUAGAUACAUCACUUCAAAUAAAAUUAAAUCCAUCAAUAUCACAUACAAAUAAUCAAGAAUUAAGAACAAUUGAUAUUGAACCACAACAAUUUGUACCAAAUGAUCCAAUAAUAUCUGAUACAAAUAGAUUAAGAUCACCAGAACUAACAAAUCAAUUAACAAAUGGAACUCAUACAGUUGAAUUAACAAAUGGAACUCAUACAUAUGAAUUACCAAAUGAAGUUUAUACAAAUGGAUUACCAAAUGAUGUUCAUACAAAUGAAUUACCAAAUGAUGUUCAUACAAAUGAAUUACCAAAUGAAGUUUAUAUAAAUGAAUUACGAGAUGAAGUUCAUACAAAUGAAUUACCAAAUGAAAUUCAUACAAAGGAAUUAACAAGUGUAACUUAUACAAAUGAUUCAAUAAAUGAUAAUACAAAUCAUGAUGAAUUUGAUGCUGGUCAAACACGUCAAAUUCAACGUAUUAAUCCAAUAUUAAUAUCUGUAAAUAAUGAUCGAUAUGUUGGUGCAAUUUGUUGUCAUAAUAAUCAAUUAAUUUAUAAUGAUUAUGAUCGAAUAACUCGAAGUUCUCGUUUAACUUUUAUACCUGAUAUAAAUGAUCUGACAACAAAACAAUUUAUUAAUUGGUAUCAACCUGAUGCAUCAUUUGGUUCUAGUGAUAAUGAAUGGAUUCAAGAUAUUACAUAUUCAAAUAAACUUUCAGCUUAUUUAAUACUUAAUCGUGCACGUUUACGUCUAUUAAAAGAUAAUACAAAUGAUCUUAUUGAAUUUCAAACAUUUUUUAAUCGUACUAUGAAACGAUUAUCAUGUAGUGACACUCAUAUUUAUUUAGUUGUUGCUCCUAGUACAAUAACUUAUUAUGGUGAUGAAAUUAUUCUUAUGAAUUAUAAUAAAGAAGAACAAAUAUGUAAAACAUUUCGUGAUAUAUUACCAUCUCGAAUGAAUCGAGGAGCUGGAUCAUUAGUCGGAGAAAUAAGUGAUUUAACUGUUAUUUCAAAUGAACAAAUAGCAAUUGGUUAUCGUUUUGAACGUCGUCGUGAAGUUGGUAUUUGUUUAUUGAAAGUUUUAAAUGAUGGUAGGGAAUGGUCAUGUUUUAAACAAUUAUUACUUGAUGAUUGUUGGCAUAAUGAAUUACCAUAUACACCAAGAGUAGAUUGGUGUGCAAAAUUAAAUGCUAUUAUUCUUAUUGAACAUAUGACAGGUCAUUUAAUAAUGAUUGAUAAAGAUGGUCAAGUGACUGGUGAAUGUCGUUUUAUGCAUGUAGAAAAUCAUCGUGAAUCACCAAUUAAUUUAUCUGUAACAAAUAAUUUACUUUGUGCACGAUUUGAAUCAUCAAUUGCUAUUCAUAAAAUUAUUUCAUAA